CUUUCAGUUUCACUCACGCUCGCUCUUUCUCAUACGAAUCCCAUCCGAAACAACAGCAACCCGAUCCGAUGGAUCCGAACCCGUCAAGAUUUCCGAUCCUCGCCUACGUCAUGGACCGUUUGCCCUCCUUGGGAUCCAAAUCCCCCACCGCAACGACCGCCGUCAUCUCCGACCUCAACUCCAUCCACGUCGGCGACCCAGCCUCCGCUCAAAGCGAGAUCGCUGCCCAGAUGCCCCACCUCUCCGACCCCAAAGUCAUCGCAGCCAUGAGAACCGCCGUGGCCGACGUUUCUCAGGCUCGAUCCAUCCUCACCGCGCUCGGCGACCGACCCGAUCACGAGUCCGUUGACUCCGCCAAGGCCAAGCUCGCCUCCAUCGACGCCGCCGGCGCCGACUCGGCGGCGACGGAGUCGCGCGAAUCGGCGGAGAGCGAAGAGGCCUGCAUGGCGAUCCUCCAGCUGGAGGAGAUGCACACCGCCUACGAGAAGCUUCUCAAGGACGCCGAGGAGAGGCUCGUCCGGAUUUACCGGUCGGCGGAAGUCGGAAAUGUUGAGAAGGAGGGUGAUGACGUCCGCGACCAAGUUGAUGAGGAGGUCGUCCGGAUUCUGCAGCAGACUUCGGCCGGGACUGAGGUGGACCGGGUCGACCUCUCGGAUAGAGGCCUGCGUUCGUUGCCGGAGGACUUUGGCCGGAUCAGUGGAUUGAUUCAGCUUGAUCUUUCCAACAAUGAACUGCAGGUCAUUCCUGAAACAAUAGGUGGAUUGGAGAAGCUCGAGGUGCUGAACUUGUCUACCAAUCUCUUGGAGUCGCUGCCGGACACGAUUGGGCUGCUGCAAAAUUUGAAGCUGCUGACUGUGUCCGGCAACAAGCUGACUGCUCUUCCUGACUCUAUCUGCCACUGCAGGUCAUUGGUGGAGUUGGAUGUGAGUUUCAACCAGCUCGUGUACUUGCCAACCAACAUUGGUUAUGAGUUAAUUAAUCUACAGAAGCUUUCGGUUCAAUUGAACAAACUCCGCUCCUUUCCUACCUCUGUUUGUGAGUUGAGAGCUUUGCUGUCUUUGGAUGCUCACUUCAAUGAGCUACGCGGUCUUCCACAAGCUUUUGGCCGAUUGACUAGUCUACAAAAUCUCAACCUUGCCGAUAAUUUUACUGAUCUCACUGAGCUGCCGGAUACUUUUGGUGAUCUAAUUAGUCUCAAGGAACUUGAUCUCAGCAACAAUCAGUUUCAUGCUCUUCCAGAUACAUUUGGCCGCCUUAAAAAUCUGACUAAACUGAACUUGGACGGAAACCCUCUUGUGCUUCCUCCUCCUGACGUAGUUCGACAAGGUGUUGAAGCAAUCAGGGUCUUUAUGAGCAAGAGGUGGUCAGAAUUACUGGCGGAAGAAGAAAAGAAGAGUACAGUUCAAGUACAAGAGCAAGAAGAAGCAGGAUGGUUGACACGAAGCACUUCCUGGUUGAAGGAUUAUGUUUCAGGUGUUUCUGAAUAUCUAUCUCCAAGAGCUCCUGAUGACCCUAUUCUUAAUCAGCAGCUAUGAUUUCAAGGAACAUGACACCUGAAGACCCCAAGGAUUAUGCAAUGGUGGAGAUUCCGGAUUUUUUUUUGUUCCUGAGCGCUAUUGGAACUCCAAUAUAGUUCAUGAUAAAUUGAUAAUGCUGCUGGUACUACUGGAAGUCCAAGCUCUGGGCACAUAGACACUUUCGGAAUCAUCUUUGGGAGCUCGGGUCAGCUCAAUGUUGCAUUCUGAUAUGCAACAUAAAUAAAUUUUGCAUCUUAGUUUUUUUUCUCCCAGUUGCUGGGUAGUGUCGGUCUUCCUUCAGUUCUCCUGCACUUUUUCUGUGUUAAAACACUAACUUAUGUGAAGCUAACGGUGGAUAUACACGUUGGUUUGUCUGCUGAAGUAACAAAGUACUGCAUGAUAUGGCAUGGUAGUGUUCAUAAGUCGUUAGCAGACCAGAAGAAUCCAAAAGCCUAUCCGGUCCCUUCGACACUUAAUAUUCACACGUUACAUAGGAUGGAAUAAUAAGGUGUCGAAUUCCAGAGCUCCUCGACCAAGAAACAGAAGGAACCGAAAAUAGCUGAAUACGCUUGUUGAAAAAUGAAUU